AUGAGUCUUUGUGCUGUGAACGUCAAGGUUCAAGAUGUCAUGGAAAUUGUCGAAAGAAGACAGUUUUCUCUGCAUAAGAAGUCGCAAAUCACAAGAAACUUUGAGAUUUUGGAGCAUUUGAGGAAGCUGGGUUGCGGCGCUGGGUUGGUCAGUGGUAACGAACUUACAUUGGCCCAUCGUACCGGGUUCAAUCCCACUAGUGGUAACAAACUUAGAUUGGCCCAUCGUGUCGGGUUCAAUCCCACUAGGUGUAUUUUUAAUGGAAAUGGAAAGACCUUGGAGGAUUUAGUGUUGGCUUCCCAAGAAGGGGUCUUUGUUAAUAUUGACAACAAAUUUGGUUUGGAUAAUAUCGUAGCUACUGCAAGAAUUGUAGGGAAGAAAGUUAAUGUUCUUCUUCAUAUCAAUCUAGAUGUGGAUCCUUAG